GAGACAAUGUGCAAGGUCAUUCGAUAUCAGUACUCGUGCUACCACAAUAUCAAGCACGUCGCAUCUCGCUGUGGUGGGCAUCGAGUUAAACAAAGAGGCAACAACAGCUGUCCCAGAGCGGCUUGUUCCGCUGAGCCAUACGUGACUGUCAAGCUUGAAGGCGAUUGCGGGCAGUGUAUACAAGAGGCUUGGAACGCGGACCAGGAAGCCAGAAUCUCAAGAGCCGAGAUCUUCAAAGGUCAACUCCUUUCCCGCAAGGACGUCCCGUCCGCGCAUGCCCGCGCCGUGUACGACCAUAUCAACAACCUGGUUGCAACACUUCGCGAUGAAUUCAGCGUAGAGAAGUGGCGAAGGAAUUCUGAUUACCCGCCUUUGCGCCAACAAUCCCCCCCUCCGGUACGAUUGCGGCCGCAACUAGGUGAUGGCAGCAUUAGGUCGGAGACAGACUCGCAACAGACGAUAAACCCAACUUUUAUUGAUAGGUGCGCAAACCCUUCCAUGUUGAAGCAGCAGGUGCAGCCCGAAGAAGUUGUUAUUCCACCACCCGCUCUACCACCAGCGGAUGAGAAUGGCUGGAUUACGUUUGAGGUCGACGGCGAGGAGGAAGACUACGAGCGAAGUACAGAUCCACUGCAUCCAGUCAACACUGACAACUACGAUUUCCCUUGCGCUUCAGACUCAGACGUGCCCGAAACUCACGAGGAAAAUGCGGAUAGCGAGGAAGGCGUACAAAACUUCAUAUUUCCCUCUGACUGGGGAAUCCAGACUUGGAAGGAUCAUUCAGUAGCAGAGCUAGCUUGGGAGGCCAACGAUGCACACGACGACGAAACCCCAAAGCCCUAUCUAGACUCCGACCAAACGUCUCCGAUCGAAGAAGCUGCUACAUUAUUGACGAAAAAGAUAGUGGACGAUUUUUGGUCCGUCGUCGAUAUCGUCGACGGUCAUGCCAAUGAACAUCCAACCGCAUUGUGUUCAAGAAAGUCCAUCCCCGACAUUAUUACGCAAACCACUUAUUGA